AUGUCCGGAAUCAGUCCAUUUACUCAAGCUGGAUUUGAAUUAGCUAAAGCUGGUUUAUGGAAACCUCGUGAUCAUACUCUACCACCUAUAGUUUAUGGUCUUAAAUUACUUAAUUUUAAAGCACCAUUUUUUGAUAUUGAAAUGUAUGUUAUUAAUGAACAAGAAAUUCAUUUAAAAGAAGUAAUUCUUGAUAUUGGUAUACGAUUACGUACAAGUACACUUUCAGAAUCAAUACGUCGUGCAGGUAUUGGUCCAUUUAAUAUUCAACAUUCUCUAGUUAUUGAUGAGAUAACACCUCAUAAUCUAAUUAAUAAUAUAAAUACAAUUGAAACAAUAAUUGAAAAAUCAAAUUUAUUAGAUAAAACAGUUCUUAUUAAUAAAACACAUAAAGAAGAAACAAAAUUACUUGGAAGACAGCCAGAUGAAAGUUCAAUCGAUCUUUAUAAAUCAAAACGACCUAUCAAUCAACAAUCACAAACACAUACAAAUGAAUAUGAAAAUAAUGAUACUAAUAAAUGA